UUGCGGAGCGGCAACAACAAAACAAACGAAGGCACUGUGGUGUGAUCCGACUGGGGGAAGAUGCAGAGCUGCAUGGGUGUAAGACCCGGGGGACUCGUUGUGUUUCAAGGAUAGUGAAGGUGGAAGGGUGCAACCCGAGACGUCCCUCAGGCGGGAUGACAAAUUAGUCCUUAUUCAGCAAGGAGCGAGAGAAUCAACCCGAGGCUCAGAUGUUGUCCACAGCCCAGCAGAUGCUGCAGGACAGCCGCUCCAAGAUCGAGCUGAUCCGACUGCAGAUUAUCAAAGUCACCCAGGCUGGAGGUGGAGAUGACGGCGGCAGCAACGGUCUGUCCCCGUCGGCCGGCAGUGUGGUGGACGUGCGGCUGGCCGAGUUGCGGCAUUACGUCCAGAGAGAGACCGACGUGUUGGCCCUGGCCCAGGAUGUGGUGGGGCAGCUCCAGGGGCUCUCCUCGCUGGAGCAGAAGGCCCUGUCCGAGGCUCGGUCGCGGGUGCAGGAGUCCUCCCAGAGGCUAGACCUCCUGCGUCUGGCCCUGGACGGCUGUUUGAAGGAGAAGGCGGCGGCACGUCCACAGGGGGAGGAGGACGUGUCCACGCCGUCGCCUCCGUCUGAGAGACCCACACAGAGGCGUCUGCAGCGUUCCUUCGCCCCCUCGUCCUCCAUGAAGCCCGCCUCCCUCACUGGCAAACUUGAGGUCAGGCUCCUGGGGUGUGAGGACCUCCUGGAAUCUAUCUGGGAAUCAGGACAAAGACCCCUCCCCUCUCCACACACCCUCAUGACUGACAGGUCAUCUGACCAAUCAGGGCAGACGGACGCCUCCUCUGCGGAGGUGAGCGGGAUGCUGAGGCUGGACAGCAGGUCGGUGGGCAGGACCCGCUGGAGGCCUGUGGGCAGGCAGGCCUGGAACCAGACCUUCUGCAUUCAGCUGGAGCGGUCUCGAGAGCUAGAGGUGGAGGUUUUCUGGCGGGACCAGAGGGGGCUGUGUGCCAUCAAGUUUCUUCGUCUGGAGGACUUGAUGAACAACCCAGACCACGGCCGGUGUUUACGUCUAGAGCCACAGGGCACGCUCUACGCCGAGGUGACCUUUGUUGACACGCUCGUGGAUCGGCAGCCGAAACUGAGACGUCAGCGCUGCAUCUUCACCAAAGAGAGAGGGAAGAACUUCCUCAGAGCGGCUCAGAUGAACAUGAAUCUCGCCACCUGGGGUCAUCUGAUGAUGAGCGUCCUGCCUCACUACGGCUCCUUCACCACAUUCAGCUCCGCUCCAGAGAAGGACCCUCAAACUGCCACCCCACUACCAAGUGAGGUUUCAGUAAUCAGACUGGACAUCAGUGAGAGCCUGCCAUCUCCAAAAAGCCUCCAUCAGGAGAACAGUGACGUCCUCUCCAAGACCCAGAGUCCGUCACCGACACCACCAUCACAGGACACUCAGUCCUCCAUCGACCACACCACAGAAGGAAGCACCGAUGGAUCAGGGUCUGCUCCGAAGAUGCAGAUGGAAGACUUCAAAUACAUUUCGGUUCUUGGAAGAGGACACUUUGGGAAGGUGCUGCUGGCAGAGUUUAAAAAGACGGGGAAGCUCUACGCCGUCAAGGCCUUGAAGAAGAGGGACAUUGUGACCCGUGACGAAGUGGACAGCCUCAUGAGCGAGAAGCGGAUCUUUGAGAGGAUCAACGCCUCCAGACAUCCGUUCCUGGUCAACCUGUACGGCUGCUUCCAGACCAGCGACCAUGUCUGCUUUGUAAUGGAGUACUCGCCAGGGGGCGAUCUCAUGAUUCACAUCCACAACAACGUCUUCUCAGAAGUUCAGACCAGAUUCUAUUCAGCGUGUGUCCUGCUGGGUUUGGAGUUCCUCCAUCUCAAUAAGAUCAUUUAUCGGGAUCUUAAGUUGGACAAUCUGCUGAUGGACGCAGAUGGAUUUGUGAAAAUCACAGACUUUGGACUUUGUAAAGAAGGGAUGGGCCACAACGAUCGGACCUCCACCUUCUGUGGCACUCCUGAGUUUUUGGCUCCAGAGGUCCUGACCGAUGAGAACUACACCCGGGCGGUGGACUGGUGGGGGAUGGGGGUCCUCAUCUUUGAGAUGCUGGUGGGAGAGUCACCGUUCCCGGGCGAGGACGAGGAGGAAGUGUUCGACAGCAUCGUUAACGAUGACGUACAGUAUCCCCCCUCCCUCCCCCCAGACGCCAUGUCCAUCAUCCAGAAGCUGCUCAAGAAAAACCCGCUGAAACGCCUGGGAGCCGGAGAACGAGACGCCAACGACGUGAAAGGCGAGAAGUUCUUCCAGACCAUAGACUGGGAGGCUCUGCUCGCCAAGAAGGUCAACCCUCCUUUCCUGCCGUCCAUCAAGGAGUCCGCUGAUGUCAGCAACUUCGACAGUGAGUUCACCUGCAUGCAGCCCAUCUUAUCGCCGCCCUCCAAGCCGCUCAACCUCUCACCUGAGCAGCAGCAAGCCUUCGCUGACUUCGACUUCUCCGCCCUGCACGGAUGA